GCGCACUGGGAGGAGGCCAGGCGCGGGCUGCUGCUGCAGCACCACCAGCAGGAGCUCGACGGGCUGAUCAACGACCGGCAGAAGCGAAGAGACGAGGCGCACAGCACGGUGGAGGCGGUCCUGCGACAAUGGACCACUGGCAACACCCAUGACCUUGUCAAGACGGUCUUCGUGGGCUGGCUCCGGCUCGCGCAGCUGCACCAGAAGGUCCGGGCCGUGGCGCUGCAGGCGGAGCGCGGCGCCUGGCGCGGCAGCGGGAGGCUGGCCAUGGUGUGCUGGCGCGUGUUUGUCGUGCUGGGCGCGUCCUACAAGACGCUGCAGAAGCAGGUGGAGCACUUGCUGCAGGGCCGGAGGAGCCUCAUCGGCAAGUACGUGUUCCUGCUGGCCCCGCAGGACGCGGGCGCGGCCUUCGGCGCCUGGAAGGAGUUCGUCCUCCAGGAGCGGCUGAGGCACCAGGCGGACGCCAACAGGACAAAGAAGCAACAGAUGCAGGUCGCGGCGCUGAAGGGCCUCAGCGGUCGCUGCAGGCGCGGCGCCCUCCACGAGACCUUCGGCGCCUGGAAGGCGGUGUACCACCAGGCGCUACAGGCGCUGUCUCGCCAAAUGGCCAAGAACGAGUGGGUGACGAAGCUGUCUGGAAUGAUGUCCAAGAAGGCCACGCCGGACAACCUGAGCCUGCUGUCCACGUGCCUGAACGAGUGGUUCCGAGAGGCCUGCAGGAUGCUGCAGCAGGCCCUCCACGACGCGCACUCGAAGGCCCGCGCGGAGGCCGAGGAAAGCGGCGCCCACGUGGGCCAGCUCGCGCAGCAGCUGGCCGGGCUGCAGGAGCAGCUGUGGGUGGCCUACCAGGAGAACGACAGGAUCGCCCAGAUCUACCAGAAGGAGCUCCAGUGCAAGGACGAGCUGAUGGUGCACCUGCGGGACGCGACGCAGAAGUGGCAGGCCCGCGCGGCGGGCAUCUCGCCCGGGCCCCCGACCGGCAUGGCGGGCGGGCACGCGCUGCAGGCGCCGUCCGCCGCCGGGGGCGGCAGGGGCUCAGGCCCCGAGAGGGGCCCCGUCGUGGCCACGGCUGGCGGCGGGACGCAGCUCGGAGCACUGGCAGGCUCGGACGCCCGGGGACUGCUGCCGGGCCACCUGCAGUUCAACGUGUCUGCCUGCGCCGGCUACGCGAGCGACAAAGACAUCGGGAGACCCGCUGCGCUGACCGACCGGAUUGCCGUGGGGAACGGCAAGCUCACAGGGUGCAGCAGGCGUGUCCCAGAAAUAUGCUUGCACGUCGACAUGGCCGCCAGAGACAAGGACGAAGUCAUCUGUGCCUGCAAGGCUUACUACCCGAAGCCGCACGCGACGCCGGUCGUGUCGGAACUUUUCAAGCCGCCCCAGUCGCAGGUGCAUUUCUGCAACUCUACGCAGGCGUGUGACAUCUACAUCAGUGAUGAUAUUCAACCAGGGUUCCUGUACUUCAGCUUUUGCGCCUGUCUGCACCCUGGGCACUGGUGGGAUCUGCGCCAGUUUUUGGACGUGCGACCGCAGUGCAAUCAAACUUCGGGCGCGUGUGGUGUAGAAGUGAUUCGAAGACCUCUGGCCAUUCCCGCUGGACCCCUCACUAAGAUCCGCCACGUGUCGCUCGAAGCAACUCCCGCAGGCUCGAGGGGCUUUCGGAAUCGCACGUCCUCGUUUAAGCCCCGACCCCACAGCACACGCAUCCAGAGCACCUCCUUGGCAGCCCCCCGUGGUCCAUGGGGGCGGCGGAGUAUGCAGCGCAAGGGCCUCUAUCACAACAAGCUAGGCUACCAGGGCCUGGGAUCGGUCGUGGUGCUUUUGACGUACGUGAUUUGGAGCUACGUGUUCGAGAGGAGCCAGGGGGCUGCGCGCCUGGUUCACGAGACCGGCAUGGCUGCACUGGUCGGGGUCGCCAUAGGGAUCGUGUUCAAGCGCGAGUCCGGCGCUUUCCUCACCUGGUUCAACUACGACCUCUUCAGCUACAUUCUCCUGCCGAUGGUCAUCUUCGCAGCCGGGUUCAAUCUGCAGCACAAGAGCUUCUGGCGCUACCUGCCCUUCAUGCUGAGCCUCGGGGUGCUAGGCACGUGCCUGAUGUUCGCGUUUAUCUUUGCGGGCUCCACGAUCCGCUUCAAGUCGCAUUCCGGCGACACGCUGCAGCUGGACGUCCGGCACCGCAUGGUGAUGGCGUCGGUGCUGUCUUCCACUGACACCGUGGCGCCAAUGGCGUUCUUGCCCGCCGAUGUGUUCCCUCGACUGUACGCCCUGGUAUUCGGCGAGGGUGUGCUGAAUGACGUGGUCUCCAUACUGCUUUCCACGGCAGCUGCCUCAUCCGACGGAGCCUCCGCGGCCCUUGCGGUGAACAUCGUAGUCUUGUUCCUCGCGUCGGGGGUCAUGGGCGUCGCCUGCGGUCUCGGCAUGUCGUACCUGUUCCGCCGCGUCGAGUGGUUUCAGACGGGGGAGCCCCUGAAGCCCUGCGCCCUGCUCCUGCUGGGGAACUACGCGUGCUACAUGCUCGUGGAGAUGUGGGGCCUCUCGAGCAUCUUCGCGCUCUUCGUCUCCUCCCUGGUCUGUGGCCACUACGCGAAGCACUCGCUGGCGGACCGGGGCGCCUUUGCCGCCGAGCUCGCGGAGUUCCUCGCCUACGUGGCGGAGGCGUUCGUCUUCGGCUACUUCGGGCUCACCUCGGUGGGCUACCUCCAGGACCCCAAGACCGUGUCUCCCUCGCUCAUCUGCUUCUACAUCGGCUGCAUCUUCAUGUCCCGGGUGGUGGCGGUGGCCCUGCUGGCGCUGCCCCUCCGGUGCUGCUGGUACCGGCGCGGCUCCGCCGCGCUGCCCAAGCGGGAGCUGUGCAUCGUGGCCCUGGCGGGUGCGUUGGGGGGCCUCCCGGCCGUCGCGUUCGCGCUCGUGCUCCGUGCCACGCCCGCGCCGGAGAUGCAGCUGCCCGAGGACCGCCUUCUGAUUACCACGGUGCUCGGGAUCGUGAUGGUCAAUGCCAUCGUCUUCGGUGCUCUCUUCCCCGUGGCCAUGCAACUGCUCGGACUGGUGCCACUCCCAGACGUACCCCAGGGGGCCGUCGAGGGCGCGGGCGACAGGAUCGGCGAGGGCGGAGCACACGGGCGGUGGAAGAGGCUUGACGACAGGUACCUCAAGCCUCUCUUCCGGAAGCCCGAGAACCCCAGGAGCAGGCACCCUGCAGAGGCCAUGGCCGAGACCGUGGUGCCGCGGCGACAGCAGCUGUGGCCGAUGGCGCGGCAGCAGUCGGGAGAGUCCGGGCCGGCAGCGGCGUCUGAGAGGCAGGGGCGGCGACAGUCGAACGCGUCGUGGCCAGGGGCCGGGCCAGCUGGGCCGGUGCCCGCCUCGCUCAUGGGGCCCGACGCGGCGGCCGCCUCGGGCAGGGUGAGCCCUGCCGUGCCCGGGCCGGCGCGCGCCGUGCCCGCCUGGGCGGGCCAGGGCGCGUCUGCGGCGGCGUCGGGCAGGGUGAGCCCAGCCCUGGCCGAGCCCGUCGCGGCGCAGAAGCCAAGCCCGACCUGCGGCAGCGGCUGCGACUGGGACGAGGCGGUGCGAAGGAUGCGCACGGAGGGCCUCGUGCGCCUGGAGGGCCAGCGCACCUGA